CGAAAAAAUCACUGGGUUUCUCGUUUUGCCCCCGAAUUUCAAAACUGUUCAAUGUUUCCGAAAUGUUUAAUUCCGAUUUUAUCGGAAACUGACCACCGUUAUCUUUGAAAUUUCCUGGAUGUGACAGAUUUUUGCUCAAAAACCAUGAGUUAUCCAAACGAAGAUCGACAUGAACGUGAUGUCGUUGGCGGCCAGUCUCGGAAUCCUUCCCAAGACGGAGAAAAACACGACAAAUCUAAAGUUUUGAACGCCAGUCCAGGAGUUCCAAUGACAGGCCCAGAGAGUGGAAGUUAUCACAGAGCACAUGUUGAUCAAGCAAGUAUCAAGAUGGGAAAACCUCUUCAGAAUCGUCCUAUAGCUCCAGCUUCAGGCUCUAUUGGAAUGAUCCCUAGUCACCUUGCACCGGGUCUUGUUGCUGGUGCUGUGCCAGGAUUUAGUGCUGGCCAUCCUUUGAUUGCUUCAAUGAUGAGGAUGCCUCAGCCGGCUUUCUCACAUGUCCCAGUGGGAGCUGCUGCAGGGGCACUUGCUGGCGUGACGCCCAGGAGUACUUCUUUACGUACCCCAGCAAUGCCAGCUGCAGUGAAACCUAUGGGACUUAACAGUCAAGCUCUUAGCAGCGGACAGUCACAGUCGCAUGCUCCAGUAACAACAGGCACCUCCCGUCCUUCAUCCCCUGGGACAUCUUCCCAUCUAGCUACUGUCGCAGUCUCCUCAUCUUUGCAUCAGCCUGCAGUAGAACACAAGUCAGGUGAAAUGCGAGAGGCAAGACCAGGUUUGAUGACUGAUUUGGCAAGAAGAGGUGCAUCACCCACAGUUCAGUCGGUGACAACAGCGCAUCCACCUGCUUCUGUUGGUAACAAAGUCAUCUCUAUUGUCCCAUCAGCACCUCUCUCACAGAGUCAUCAAGUACCAAAACAGUCUGCUCCCACAGUGUCGUCACACCAUCCCAUUUCUGUACAUGGCAGUGGACCAGUUACAGGUGCAGGGACAUCUGUCAGCAGCGCCAUUUCUCACAUGCCAUCAGCUGCUGUUGGCAUGUCCGGUCAUUCUCAACCGUCUAAAAUGGUCCCGUCAAACACAGUCAGUGUGACGCCUGCUGUGUUGACAACAACAGCAAGAAUUUAUACUCCACCUCAUAUGGCAUUUACGGCUCCAAGGCAACCACCGAUCUCAAGCUCAGAAUCUACCAUGAAUCCAGCAGCAGAUCACGCAAGGUUGAGCAAAUCAAGUGGGACAGCAUCACCAGCAACAGUGUCUUCUCACCAUAACAGCACCAUUUCCACAGUUCCUCAGAUGGCUGGGGCUUCUCUUAACUCAGUAGUUGGAAAUGAAAGUCGAAUGGACAGGGCCCAUCAGGCCUUGCCUCAGUUUCCUUAUCACCAUAUGGCUGGGAUGGCAAGUCUGUUUUAUCAGGAUGCUCUAUCUGUGCAUCCAGGGCUUCAUCCACAAUAUCACCAACCAGCCUUUGGCCCAAUGCAGUCUCUUGCCAGAUCACAGGGUGUGGUCACGUCCGCCGCGGCAGCUGCCGCAGCUGCGGGAGUGAACCCUAUGCAGAUUAUGGAUCAUCCAAGGCUGAUUUUCCAACCCUCUGCAGCACUCGGUGUCGGAGCUUCAGGUAUAGCAAACUUAACAGGGACAGAUACGCCAGCUAGUGCUGGUAUUAUGGACAUCAGUGGUGCAAUUGCUGGUACGUACAGUGUUCCAAUCUUCAAUGUCCCUCCUUCAGCCGGAAUUCAGGCCACACAGCUGGCAGCUCCUAAUCCCAAUGCGACAUCUCCGCGGCCGAGCAUUCUUCGAAAGAGAACUUCAGAAGGGAUACGUAAACCUCCAAGCCAGCUGCCCUUUACCGCUGAGAUGCUGGUAUCGAAUCAAACGGAGGCGGCAGCCAGCCCAAGAUCAGACAGUACACUGUCUGCACCGCACUCCACACAGAACUCGCCCAAACCCGCAAGUGAUUCUGGAAGUCAAUCGAACGAAACUGCGGCUGUGACAACAGCCAGUGUUGCUACAACAGAACAGUCAGCUGUCAAUCAAACCGCUCCCAUGUCCCCGAGUAAAGUCAAGCGAGAACUGUCAAGUGAGGCAGCACCCACCCCGAGUGUGGCUACCACUGCUGUUAUGAACGGAAACGUUCCUGCCGCCCCUGCCGCGCCCUUACUCCCAAAUGCUACAGCUACGAGCAGCGAGGCGGCCUCACCGAGGAAAAAACCACGAAAGCAAAAUGUUGUCGCUACGGAAGAUAAGUUUGGUAGUAACGUUAACAUGGAACCUGAUUCGCCAACGGAUGAAGAAAAGAAAGCAAAACAAGAUGAAGCAGAUGAAGAUUUGAAGUUCAUACUACUAAAGAGACCGAAAAUCUCCAUUGUUGCGAAUUACAAGAUCAACACUAAAGCCGCUCAUAACCAUUUUCAGCGUUAUUCUGAUGUCAAGGCCAAAGAAGAAAGAAAACCUUCCAUACAAGAAAUCGCCAGUCAGAAGGGAAUUAUACAAAGAGCAAACGGCUGGCGGGUCCAGCAUAUUGCUGGACAAAUGGACGAGCUGAUCGCUGCAGAACAGGAAGUGUUGAAAAAGAUGGGAGAGAUCAGAGAAAAGAUUCCUAAGAUGAAACCGGGUCAAAAAACGAAAUUCCAGGACGAUUUAGUGAUGUUAAAUGAGCUACUUCAGGGUAACAUUCAAAGAUCACAGCUGGUUGUCGAACAGCUUGGAGAUUCGCGAAAAUCUAUGAUCAAGGUUUUAGAUCACAGGCCGCGCGUAAUGGAUAUAAUUCAAAAACAGAUGAACAAGCGAAAUCCCAAGAAGAAGAGCCAGUAACUUGAUCUAAAGCCUGGACAUCUUAAGAUUGAGUAUAUUUUGAUAAACUGUACAAUUCUCAAGCGAUGGUUUCAUGGCCGAAUGCCAUGAAAUAUCUCCUGAUAUAAAAAAAGAGAGACUUAAUCUCUUUGUUUAACAUGCGGGUCUACCAGUUUUACUUUCCUUUGAACAUCCAUUUAAACUUGCUUAGCUGGCAGUUUAGUAUGUGAUUUGAAGUGUCAAGCGAAAGGCUCAGCUACAAGCCACAGAUCGUGAAAUGAGCCUGUGCUUCUCCCAAACCAUCUUGGAAAGAUCGAAGACCGCACUCGAGAAUACGACGGAAAUCGAGCCAAGUCAAUCGGCGGUGCCGUCAAAACGGGCAGCGAAGCCGUGAGAGGUUAAAAACCGCAAAUAAUGGUAACAACCCAACCGAACGUUCGCUGGUUAAUUUCGCCCAACUAGCGCCCCAGAAGCUGCCUGCAUCACACGCUAGCUGUCUGAAAAACAAGUCUUUUCGAAGUAGGAAGUGCCAAGAUGGUUAGGCAUUUUUUCUUUGGUUGUUCACGCAACGUUUCUCUGAAAACUUGCUUUGAUUAUGAUCGACAUCUCUGCAUGUGAGCCGGGAAACCUCGGGCGAGUACAUGAGGUCGAGGUAAUUUUCCCAGAACCAUUUUCCCAAGGCAACUGCACACCCACCGCUCCCCUAACCCAACAAGUGGUGAUUAAUGUUCUGUUUGGGGAGGGGUAGGUGCGUAGUUUAUUUUCCUGGGAAGUUUUCAAGUAAUUGUGUCAUCCAGUUCUCCCGAGUUUCCGUAAGAUUCCAAAACUAUCGUCGCACCAAAUAAAAAUAGAGUCCAUGGUAGAAGUAGCUAAGCUUAAGUUUUUAAAGGUUCUUCUUAAUCCUAUUUUUAAUGAAAAGUAGCUUCCUACCUCACGCGUCUGUAUAAACAUUGUGCCGUCUUGUACAUACUACAUGUUGUCUGGUUAAGGUAAGGAAGAGACUGUGAUUGGAGAAGAGUACAAAGUGUAAACUUAUGAGUUUUAUCUGAUUAAAACAAAAUAUUACCUCUAACAAUUCUAAUCGAAUGAACGAAGCUUAUAGACACACUUAUUUUUCUUGUGUUAUUCGAAAUUUCAUCCCCGCUUAAAUUAUCCUCAUCGAUUUUCGGCAGCCAAAUCAGGUAUAGCUAUCAGGUAUUGUCCUGCAAGGGGCGGUGUAACUUUUCACCUAGUCUCCUUCCCAGGCCUUUCACGGCCAAGCGGUUGGUUAGUUCAGUUAUGGUAGGAUCUGGCUAUGAAAUUACUUCUCACCAGCACCAUUCAACCCUACAGGAAGUGGAAAAGGAGAAACGUUUCUCUUAGGGGUUGUUACGAUCUUGAUAUUGUAC